UAUAGUGGAUGGAGGGUGCGGGGAGACCGGAUAUAGUGGAUGCAGGGUCCGGGGAGACCGGAUAUAGUGGAUGCAGGGUCCGGGGAGACCAGAUAUAGUGAAUGCAGGGUCUGGGGAGACCAGAUAUAGUGAAUGCAGGGUCCGGGGAGACUGGAUAUAGUGAAUGCAGGGUCCGGGGAGACCGGGUAUAGUGAAUGCAGGGUCUGGGGAGACCGGAUAUAGUGAAUGCAGGGUCCGGGGAGACCGGAUAUAGUGAAUGCAGGGUCUGGGGGAGAGCAGAUAUAGUGAAUGCAGGGUCCGGGGAGACCAGAUAUAGUGAAUGCAGGGGUCCGGGGAGAGCAGAUAUAGUGAAUGCAGGGUCCGGGGAGACCAGAUAUAGUGAAUGCAGGGUUCAGGGAGACCAGAUAUAGUGGAUGCAGGGUCCAGGGAGACCGGAUAUAGUGAAUGCAGGGUCUGGGGUGAGCAGAUAUAGUGAUUGCAGGGUCCGGGGAGACCA